CUUGAAUAAAACUACUACUACUACUAUCUCAUAUCCGGAGAAUGUUUGUAGGGGGUGAAUGUUACUCAUGAAAUCACUGAUGUGCGACAAGUCAAUUUAAUUUCCAGUCAACACUCAAAGGAGAAAUGGACACAAUUGAUGCUACUCUGUUGCAAAUUGUUGGGCUGUCAUAUAAGAUGCAACAAGAAGGAAAGAUUAGUGCUACACAUAUGGCAAUGUUAAAUACACUCUCUGAGAAAGUGACAAAGGAAAUCAAUGAAAUAAAGAGUGAAUUCAAAGUACUUGAACGAAAAUUGACAGCUUCCAGAAAGAAUGAAGCUUUUCUGAAAAGAAAAUUUAAGGAGGAAAGAAAGGAGGUAGAGGCUUUGAAAGCUAAAAACCAGAAACUAGAAGAAGAGUCAUCCACUCUCCAAUCUCAAUGCCAGGACCUCAAGAAGGAGCUAGAUUCCAGCUGGCUGGAAGACGUUAGUGUCGGAGACGAACAUACACUACUAGAAAAUAGAGGAACAGGAAAUGGGAGGAAAAUAAGUGAAAAGGAAGACAUUUGAUAUGUGAAGGACAAACAGAACAAGAAACAGACAGAAAACAAUGACCAUGACUUUGUACACUAUACUGUAUUUUUGCUAUGUAUCUGAAAUGUAUUGGCAUAAUCUUUAUCAAACAAGAUUUAGUGUUUUGACAUAAAUAUUUUUGAACAAACCAAGAUAUAUCUAUAUUUUAGAAUUGUAGUUGUCAAUUUUUGUAGUAGACUAAUAGCUUUCAGAUUUAUAAAGCUUCUCUGAAAUACAUUAACGAAUAUAGUCUGUCAAAUAAAUUUCCUAUAAUACAUUAUUCUUUUAAAUGACGGAGUAUUUCAGAGCAGCUUUAGGAGACACGCGUACAUUGUGAGUGUCUCCAUUAAGGAGGAAAAUUACAAUAAAGAUUUUUUUUCAGGUAGAGCCACACGAGUAUGACCAAAAGAAAGAAAUCCUACUCUGGUAGAGGGAAAAGGGAUAAAGACAAGAAAAGAAAACGUGAAUUACGGGAUGGUGCCGCUCCCAAACAGAAGCCGACAGACAGUGUUAGUGCCCAACGAAAAACACAUGAACAUGACUUUAACAUUGAACUUGCACAUCCAUCAAUGUUUCAUCAGACAUCUCCAGAUGGGAACUGCUUUUUCAACGCCUUAUCAUUUGCACUCACUGGGACAGAAGAUCACCAUUAUGAAUUUAGAACAAAUUUAUGCAAUUACAUUGCUAUGCAUGCACAAGACUUGCGGGCAUUUCUGCCACCUUCCUUUAAAGGUGAUGCACAGCGAUAUUUGAUGAAAACAUCGAUGAGAACCUGUGGGACUUGGGCGACAGAAACAGAAAUAUUUGCAGCUGCUUAUAUGUUAAACAUGAACAUUUAUAUUUACACGAAGUAUGGGUGGCAGUGGCGUUGGAUUCAACAUUGUCCAAAUCAAGAUGAAACUGUUGGAAAUAUAUACCUUUAUCAUCGCAACUUGAACCACUAUGAUGUCGUUCUCGGUGUCCAACAGCAAAACAUUAAAAGCCUGAAACGAAGACAAAUGUAUUUGGAAUGUAAAGAGAAUGUGAAGAGACGUGAAAAAUUUAACUACCACAAUGAUUUUACUCACAGAGAGACAAAGAAAACUCGACAGAAAGAAAAUUAUCACAAAUAUUCAAUGUUAAGAGAUAAUGUGAAGGAAAGAAACAAAAACUAUGGUCAUAAGAAAUACAAUUCAAAUGAAGCCUACAAACACAAUAAAAAAGUGUCCGUUUUAAAAAAUGAAAACCGAAAAUAUCGUGAAAAUAAAGAAUUUCAGGGAACCAAGAUAAAAGCAUCGAAUGUAAAAUACAGAAACAACAAAACCACAAGAAACAGAGUGAAAGAUGCCUCCAAAGAAAAAUAUCGACAAAACCUCGGCUUCCAACAGCACGUGAAAGAUGCCUCCAAAGAAAAAUAUCGACAAAACCUCGGCUUCCGACAGAGCGUGAAAGAUGCCUCCAAAGCAAAAUAUCGACAAAACCUCGGCUUCCGACUGAGCGUGAAAGAUGCCUCCAAAGCAAAAUAUCGACAAAACCUCGGCUUCCAACAGAGCGUGAAAAAUUCCUCCAGACAAAAAUACCAGCAAAAUUUUAACUUUAGGCAAAGCGUGAAAAACUACUCCAUUUUGAAAUAUAAAGAAAAUAAAUAUUUCCGACAAAUUGUUCGGGCUUCCUCCUUAAAACGUUAUGCAUCAUCGCCUCUUUUUCGCUAUAAUCUAAAGAAGAAACUUCUUCAACAAUAUCACAGUUAUCCAAGCAUACAGUUAAAGAAAAAACAGUCAGUGAAAGAAAGGAGGAAGUUAUUACAAAGUGCACUAAAAACGUUCCUCCAUAACAUCAAGCAAACACCAGUAUAUCCAUGCAUUGUCUGUGCGAGAAAACUGUAUAAAUCUCAGGUAAAACAUUGCAAAAGAUCAAAAUAUCUAGAUGGAAAGCACCCAGAUAAUGCAAAGAAGUGCUUGAUUGGACAAUAUACUCGGGAUUCUAAAGAAUGGAUAUGUACUACAUGUGACAGACAUUUAUGCUCCGGCAACACUCCACCUCAGUCGCUUGCAAAUGGUUUACAUCUUAAGGCACUUCCUGAAGAAUUGAGCACUCUUAAUACCCUUGAAAGACAACUUGUUGCUCUUCGUAUUCCAUUCAUGAAGCUUCUUUCAUUGCCAAGAGGUGGACAGAAAGGAGUAAAAGGCCAGAUUGUAAAUGUACCAUCAAAUAUCAAUAUCGUAACAUCUUCACUGCCUAGAACAAUAUACGAUGCUCAGAUGGUAACGGUAAAGCUUAAACGAAAGUUCUCUUACAAAGGUCAUCACCAAUACGAAUGGGUUAAUCCAACAAAAGUUGUAUCAGCAGUAAAAUAUCUCGUGAAGAACAAUAAAUGGUACUCCAAUAUAACCUUAAACGACAAUUGGUUCGAUUCCAACAUUGAUUCGGAUGUAAUAAUGACUGACGCACAAAAUGAUAGCACAGACGAAGAAAUUUCUGCAGAAGACUCAAAACAAGAUAAUGUACAGGCUCAUCCUGUAGAAACAUGUUCAGAACCACUUGAUUUGGGACAGGAAUAUUUAGAUACCAACAGUAAUGUACUUUGUUUGGCCCCUGGAGAAAACCAGACACCUCAGAGUAUUUUUCAAGAAAAAGGAGCAGAUGCAAUGGCAUUUCCAGCCCUUUUUCCAGAUGGAAAAUGUGGAUUUUUUUCAUCAGAGGCCACUCAAACUUUCGCCAACAAAAUACUUCAAUGCACGUUUGUUUUGUGCCGACGACCGAUUUGCAAAAGAUAA